GCUCUUCAGAAGGACAUUCUGCUUCAGGGACGCCUGUACCUUUCAGAAAACUGGCUCUGUUUCCAUAGCAACAUCUUUAGAUGGGAAACUACAAUUUCCGUUGCUUUGAAGGACAUAACCUUUAUGACCAAGGAGAAGACUGCUCGACUCAUUCCCAAUGCCAUUCAGAUUGUUACAGAAAGUGAAAAGUUUUUCUUUACAUCCUUUGGUGCCAGAGAUAGAAGUUACCUCAGUAUCUUUAGAUUGUGGCAGAAUGUAUUACUAGACAAGAGCUUGACCAAACAGGAAUUCUGGCAGUUGGUCCAGCAGAGCUAUGGCACUGAGCUUGGUUUGAAUGCUGAAGAGAUGGAAAACUUGUCAUUGUCACUUGAAGAUAAUGAGCAGCCAAGAAGUCCAGGAAGAAGCAGCUUGGAAGAAUUUGGAGAAAGAGAUGAAAAAUUAUCAAGAUCCAUCAGUUUUACUCAUGAACCUAUUUGUAGGGUUCCAGAGACAGAGUCAUUUAAUGGAAGUACACCUAAAAUGGGAUUACGUAAAGAAGAUUCCCAAAGUCCAACACAGGACAAAAAGAACCCUUUGCUGAUUUCAGAAAGAAAACUAAAUAGGUCUCCACCCAAGGCCCUGGACCUGAACAAGAAUGAAUACCUUUCUCUAGAUAAAAGCAGUACUUCAGAUUCUGUUGAUGAAGUUGAAGAAAAUAUUCCUGAGAGAGACCUUAAUGGAAGACUUUUUAUAAAUUGUGUUUUUCAUAUCAGUGCUGAUAGAAUGUUUGAAUUGCUUUUCACCAGUUCACGCUUCAUGCAGAGAUUCACCAAUUCCAGGAAUAUAAUAGAUGUUGUUUCUACCCCUUGGAAUAUUGAAACUGGUGGUGAUCAACUACGGACUAUGACAUACACUAUAGUUCUCAACAAUCCACUUACUGGAAAGUUUACUUCAGCCACUGAAAAGCAGACAUUAUAUAAAGAAAGUCAGGAAGCGCGAUUUUAUUUGGUAGAUUCAGAAGUUCUGACACAUGAUGUUCCCUACCAUGAUUAUUUCUACACUUUGAAUAGAUACUGUAUCACUCGUUCUUCAAAACAGAAAUGCAGACUACGAGUUUCUUCAGAGUUGAAAUAUAGAAAACAGCCAUGGGGUCUUAUAAAGACUUUAAUUGAAAAGAACUCUUGGAGCUCCUUGGAAGAUUAUUUCAAACAACUUGAAUCAGAUCUGUUAAUGGAAGAAUCUUUGCUAAAGCAGCCUAUUGAAGAUACUGGAAAACCCAGUGGCUUACGGAGGAGAAGACGGACAUGUAAUCGAAAUAUGGCAGAAAUGCUUCCUAAACAUUCUUCUCCACGCCCUUCAGGGACCAUAGGCCUGGACUCCAAAGGAGACAUUAAAGGAAGAAAAAGAGACAAUGAAAGCCGUAACAUUGCCAUUAUUGUGAUGAUGAGUGUCUUUUUGCUGUUGCUAGUCUUGUUGAAUGUGACCCUCUUUCUCAAGCUGUCCAAGAUAGAGCAUGCAGCUCAAUCAUUUUACCAUCUCCAUGUCCAGGAAGAAAAAUCUGGGAAUUCAGCCUCUGAUGUGGUAUCAAAAGGAGAAAAUACUCAGAAGAACAAAGACCAGUCUUAUCGAUUGAAGGGAGUUCUUAGAGACUCUAUAAACAUGCUUGAACAGCUGAAGAGCUCUCUCAUUAUGCUCCAGAGAACCUUUGAUCUCCUGAAUAAGAACAAGACUGGUGUUUCUGUGAAAAGCUAGCAAUCUUAGGGUCUAAAAAUCCUUUGAACUGAGACAAUGAAUGAAGAGAUCUGGAAAUAAUCCAAAGAAGGAUUUCACUUGUCAUGGCAACAUCUGCAUUAGGCUUUUUCUUCCCUCAUUGAUUUCUUGUGUUAACAAUAAAAGGGAUAUUUUGAGUAUUUAUUUAAUAAUUAUGUCACCUUUGACAUUGAGAAUAUAUCCUUUUGUUUCUUGCACAUAUUUUUAAGCUGUGAAUUUCUAGAAUGGACAGGUAGAACUGUUGUACCAUUGAAUUUCUGUGAUUUAAACAAAAAAUGCAAAGCACUUUCAAUUGUGGCCCAUUACUUUCUCUAGUGAGGGUUGAGUUUUAAGACUGAAUUUAAAUGUCAUCACCAAUUAAAAAGUUAAUGUCAAAUAAUAUGUUUUUCCAUCAGAAAUGUUCCCAAUAUCAAGCAACAUUGGGGAAAACUUCUUUAUUCUUUGUGUUAAAGGAAAAGCAUAGGUCCUUUUCGUGAGUCAUUUCUAAGUUUAUUUACUAUAAACAUUUUUUAUAAUUCUUCCAUUAUUCAGUGUGGAAGUUCAAAUAGUUAAAUCCUUUUGGGUUUGAGCCUGAGUAGUAAUUUUUCCAAAGGUCUGGCCAGUUCAUCUGAUGUGGCUAAUAACUCUAUAAAGAAAUACUUGCUUUUUAUAAAAAUGGCUAUUAGAGGUAACAAGGCUCUUUAUAUGAAUAAUGGCAGAACAUCCUUUCAGGCAAACUGAGUAGGAAAGUAGAUUAACAGAAGAUUGCUAAUCUAAGUUUUAAAAGUUGGCACACCUCUGCUAUUAAAAUCUAGGCAUUUAUUGAUGGAUAAGGAAGACUUGAACUAAGAGCUUAGCUUUAUUUUAGCAGCUCUCCCUAACUGAUGGAAUUGAACCAACUGAUUGUUAAUGUCAGGCACUAUUUUCAAUGGCUAUGUAUGUAGGUGCUUUGUUUUAGCAGAUAAGAUACAAGCUAGACAAGUCUUGGCUUCUUUAUAUAGACUUUCUGCUCAGUGUAUGAAUGCAUUCUUAUAUAAAUGUGCUAUGAUCAGAAUAAGAACCUAGAGUUUUUUCAGGAGUUACUGUAUUGAAAUAGAAAACUCUAGGGGGAGAGGAGCUCUGUGUUUUUACACUAGAAUGCUAGAAAAACAGGAUAAGAAUUUUCUUUUAUAAAUUCUUAUUCCAGUUGAUGAGCUUUAGGUUUGAGUUAAACCUUUCAUGAUUUCCAAUCAUAGAAACCCCAUGGGAUUAUUACAACCUUUCCUUAAGAGGGAAAAUUGUGGUUGUAGUAUGUUAAUUCUAUCUUUCCAUUCUACAAGUAGUGUCUGAGUACCUGUAGUGAGGAAUUCCCAGAGAGGGUAGGACUGAGGUUAUAAAUAGUUACUGAAUUUUAAAAGGAGAGCCGGAUGAUUGGUGAUGUUUGUUAUGGGCACAAGAAAGACAAAUGACAGACUAAACAUUUUCUGUGGCGCUUCUUGAACCAUAGAGAUUGUCCUUAUAAUAUACCUCAAAGCAAAUGAUCAAACCAAAUUUCUUUAUAAAUUCACACUAAAUAUUUAUGUACAAGUUAUGAAAUUUCUAAGAAAAUUUGAACUUGUCAUGUAAUUUGACUAUCAAUAAAACACUUAAAAUUCUUGAA